GCCUUCAUGCCAGGACACAUCAGCCGGAAGUUGCUGGGCAAGUACUACAGCACAGUGAAGUCCUUAGGACUCUAUCUCACCGACAUAUUGGAUGUUACCCCCAGCUCGGUCGACUAUCCGCCGUACACAACUCUUCUGGCCACAUCUGUUGUUUGCCACACUGCGAGCGACGACCCGCCGCGCCUCCCACAUAUACCACCCGACGUGGGCAUGGACUCAGUCAUUCAGAGUGCGAUUGUCAAGUUGCUGAGCGUUGGCCGGAAGAAAUGCCGCAAUAUCCUUGCUCAAGGCUAUAUUCUGAAUGUGGAUGGUAAAGAAGCUCGAAAUGUUGUCGCGAACACCAACGUGACAGCGCUCCAGGCCCCAGAAUGGGAGCUGUUGCACCAACAAAUUGGGACAGACGCGAUGAUGCAUCUCCUGACACGCACCUGCAUCUUUGUCGCAUUGCCCAAUGAUUGCUUUUGCCAGCUCGUUGGCGUGCCGAUCACGGUUCACCGUCUGGACAACUUGAGUCUCUUCACCGACGGCCUUCCUGCUCGCCCUCCUAAACGCACCUACUCCGCAACAUCAGACGAUGUAGCUGGUCCCGCAAAACGCGUUAAACUGAACGAUGGAACGGCCGCCAAGAGACAGUCGAGAUCGCACAUCCAAGAACGUUCUGCAUCCACAGUUAUUUUGGUUCGCAACCGACUAUUUUAUGGACGUGUGAUGGAGAAUGGUCGCACUAAUGGUUUGCCACCUUCACACAUUUUGAACAAACUGAAGUUCAGGCCGCCGAAUAAUGCACAGGAGCUCGAUCCGAAUGAUGACGAAACCGACCGGGCCGGAAUGCCGAACCGGACUGAUCAGAUGAAAGCAGCUCGUCGUUUAUCCAAAUACGUCUUCCCGCGUCAAUAUGGCCUGGAAAGUCCAUUCGGAUUCGAGUCACAGUCAACUACUCUUCCCGACUUCAGUAACCGUGAUCACCAUAUUACAGCGUUAGGACCAUGCAAAACUCCUAAGCGACUCAAAGAAGCGGUUCCACUACUCGAAAAAGUGAUUUGGAGACAUGGGAAAUGCCAAUACUGGCAACUCCGCGACUUAGCUUGCCCAUCCGAGGCGAGGAAGCUUCAUAAAAAAGGAUUUACAAAGCAAGACAUCCUGGCGUUUUUAGCAGAUCGUACCUCGUCACUUCCGCGUUCACAACCCGAGUACAAUCUUGAUGCAUCCUAUGAUACUGAUGGCAAUACUAUCGCUCCCAUUGGGCUGACACAAGCGAAAAAGCAAGCCACGCUGAAACCCCAUCUCGCAGAGAUAGCAUGUAGCCAUAAAUCUGUAUUUCGAUAUGUCAUGCUCGUCACGAAGGUUGUAUUUCCGACCUCCUUCUGGGGAUCGCACACCAAUUUUCUUCAUGUUAUGAAAAAAGUGAAAACGUUCAUAUCGUGUCGUCGUUAUGAAACGCUAUCCCUCCACAACAUCCUGCAGGGCUUCAGCACCUCGGCGUGUGAUUGGCUGAUGCCGCCAGGUCCAGGAUUGAAUCAGAAGCGCGUCCCGGUUACCGACUCCCUCAAACGUCGCGAAAUCCUCGAAGAGUUUAUCUUCUGGUACUUCGAUUCGUUUCUAAUGCCGCUCUUGAAGACAACUUUCUAUGUGACUGAGUCUUCCGCAUUGCGGAACCAUGUCCUCUACUUCCGCCAAGAUGAUUGGGCCUUUAUGUGCGCGCCGUUGAUCAAAAGCUUGACCAGCGCGACAUAUCAGAAGAUCUCCAAUGAUGAAGCAGAGGCAAUCCUUCAAAAUCGCACUCUUGGGUAUUCUUUCGUUCGACUUUUACCAAAGGAAGCUGGAGUACGGCCGAUCACAAACCUCAAAAGGAAACAAAAGAUCACAAAUGAGCGUGGUCACGUGAUUCAGACCUCCAUCAACCAGACGUUGCAAGCCUGUUUCCGAAUACUCAACUACGAACGUGACGUGCGGAGGGAGCUUGUUGGCGCCUCGAUCUUCAAUAUCAACGAGGUUUAUUCGAAGUUGAAAGAGUUCAAAAAACGGCUGCCCAAACGCUUACCUAAACUCUAUUUUGUCAAGGUCGAUGUUCAAGCCUGCUUCGACACCAUUCCUCAGACCAAGUUGAUUGAAAUCCUGCGUGCCCUUCUUUCGAAGGACAACUAUACUGUUCAACGAUAUGCCAAGGUUACAUCAGAAGCGGGCAAAGUGAGGCGGGCCUUCUUAAUGAGAGCCUCUGCCGGCGCAGAAGACGAUCUCGACUUUCUUCAAACCGCCACUAAGCUGGCCGGUGUACUGCACAGCACCAUUUUUGUGGAUGAAGUCCGCCCCAAGCUCACGGACAAGGCGGAUGUUCUGCACCUUCUCGAACAACACAUUACAGAAAACAUCGUGAAAAUUGGGGCAGACUAUCACCGCCAGACGAUUGGCAUUCCACAGGGUUCCGUUCUUUCCAGCUUGCUCUGCGCCUUUUUCUACGGUGAUCUGGAAAAGCGGUUUAGCAUGUUCACCGACGACCCAUAUUCGAUGCUGAUCCGCCAAACGGACGAUUACCUCUUUGUGAGCACCGAUAAAGCCAAAGCGCGCGGGUUUCUCGAUACGAUGAACAAAGGACAUCCCGAAUAUGGCUGCUUCAUCUCGGCAGACAAGACCGUCACGAACUUUGACGUCGAAGGUAUACUCCAAGAACACUACAGAUAUUUUCCUUGGUGCGGGCUGUUGAUCGAUACAAAACACCUCACUGUGUCGGUGGAAUAUGCCCGGUAUUCAGGCAUGGAUUUAAGCAAUACGUUGACGAUCGGUCGCGGAGCCACUCCGGGGGCCACCUUUCGGUACAAGAUGCUCCAGUUGGCCAAGAACCGAUGCCAUAUCAUCUACAACGACAUCAGAUUGAACACCGAGCACGUCGUCUACGCCAACAUCUACGAGAACUUCCUUCUCUGUGCACUCAAGAUGCACUUCUAUCUGCGCGGCUGGGGUCUCGACACCCGCAAGCAUGCGCGCUUCCUCUGGGAAACGAUCCGGCAGAUGAUCAAUUACUGUUACCACUCCAUAACCAACAAGUCGGCCACCACACUCGCUGCACGGCACGGCGGGAGGGCGAAUGUCGAUAAAUCCGUCCUCACAUGGCUUGGCAGUCAAGCGUUCCAUGCGAUCCUUUCGAAGAGACCCACACGUUACGCGGAGGUAAUUAAGAGAUUGAAGGCGUACAACGCUACUCCCCGUGGCCAGCGAUACGCUCGUCGAUUCCGAAAAUUAACAACAGUCCGUUAUGGCCAAUUUUUGCGGCAUUUCGACCACGAGUAA